GUCAUAAUCUUACCAACUCGCUCCCCUCUAUUUCCAACAUAAAACGUCAAUUAUAUAUAUAUAUACUUUUCCACAAGUUUUCUAUAUAUAAUCCAUACACAAAUACGUCUGUGGCAUAAAAAUCAAUACAUAGAUAUGGGAAGCCAAGGCAUGAGUUCUUCGACGAGUCCCUUGGUGGUGAAGAAAUCACAAGUGGUCAUGGUGCAACCUUCCAAGCCAACACCUGAAGUCUCUCUUUCCCUCUCGACACUCGACAACGAUCCUUACAUCGAAACCCUCGCCAAAACCAUCUACGUCUACGCCCCAUCCUCCAAAGAAACUCAAGACCCUGCUUCCCUUCUACGAGAAGCUCUCUCUCAUGCUCUUGUCUACUACUACCCUCUCGCCGGAAAACUUCACCGAAGAUCCGACGACAAUAGACUUGAGUUGAAGUGUGCACCAGGAGAAGGAGUCCCUUUUGUAAAGGCGGCGGCAGAGUGCACUCUUUCUUCACUUAACUACUUGGAGGACAUGGACGCAGACUUGAACCAACUAGUACCUACUUACGAAGCUGUGCCAGUUGCUUCUGGAGGCUACAGCGUUCUGGCUCUCCAGGUCACUGUGUUUGCAUGUGGAGGGAUCACUCUUGCAACGGCUCUCUCUCACUCUCUAUGUGAUGGUUUUGGGGCGUCUCAGUUUUUCAAGGCCUUCACUGAGUUCGCCGCAGGAAAGACACAUCCUAGCAUCAUCCCCGUUUGGGAUCGACACUGCCUAACCUCUAACAACCUCAACAUUAACGAUCAAACGGAGGAAGAACAAGCUCCCAAGCUGGUUGAUUUCGCAGAGGCUUGUUCAUCUGCAGCAACUUCUCCCUACACACCAACCAACGACAUGGUCUGCGAGAUCCUAAACGUCACAUCCCAAGACAUCACUCAGCUCAAGGACAAGGUCACGGAAGACGUCACAACUCUAGAGAUUCUUGCAGCCCACGUCUGGAGAGCAAGAUGCAAGGCCCUGAAGCUGAGUCCAGAUGGAACCACGCUUUUCGGAAUGGCAGUGGGCAUACGCCGCACUGUGGAUCCACCGCUACGUGAAGGCUACUACGGAAACGCAUUCGUCAAAGCCAACGUAGCAAUGAAGGCCGGCGAGCUGAGCAGCUCACCGUUGUCUCCUGUGGUGAAACUCAUCAAAGAGGCUAAGAGGGAGGCUUUGAAGAAGCGGUACGUGUCCGAGCAGCUAAAGGAGACAGAGAAGAGUCUGAAGAUGAAGGUAGCAUGUCAAGGAGGGAAAGGUGCGUUUAUGCUGCUCACUGAUUGGAGGCAACUUGGAUUGCUAGAUGAAGUUGAUUUCGGGUAUGGAGGAUCGGUGAAUAUAAUACCAGUGGUGCCUAAGUUUCUUUCGGAUAUUUGUGUUUUCUUGCCAAGGAAGCAAGGUGGGGUUAGGGUGCUAGUCACGUUGCCCAAAACUGCAAUGGAUGAUUUGAAGAAACACAUGAAUCCUUAAGCUUUUAAGAUUUAUAUCAAAUGAUAAAAUAAUAUGUGGGUGAGCGUUUAUUCACAUUUAAAUAUAUGAAAUGGAACUCAUGCUUUGUGUAAUUCUCUUGACAAGAGUUAUGUAGUUUGCACUGUAACAAUUAAAAAAACCAAUGAUUUAGCGCCACCUCAGCAA